ACAACAAAACAACUGUUAACGCUUUUCGUUUUUGUUUCUUUUUCCCUCUUCUUUUUCUCCUCUUCUUCUUCUUCUUCCUUGUUCUUUCCGUGUGUCCACUUUCUUCAACCCAUUGGCGUAUCCCUACACCCCUCCAAUGCCGAACCACGAUAUAACCUCCCCUCUCAUCACCUCCGAUCAUCUCAUCCUCACCGUCGACCCACUCCCCGCCGCCGACACCACUUCUGCCGCACCACUUUCCGGCACCGCCGGCGGGAAUCCUUUUACUUUUCUGGGAUGCGGUGAGAGUGAAGCGUUGACUGUGCCGGUUCCGAUGACCGUUGACCCGUUCAAGAACAACACGCCGAAUAUUGAGGGAGUCUACGAGUGGUUGAAGAUGCUUCUGUGCUUGCCAAUUGCGAUUCUGAGGCUUGUGCUUUUCGGAUUGUGCCUUGCUGUUGGGUAUAUUGCAACGAGGUUGGCGUUGGAAGGGUGGAAGGACAAGGAGAACCCCAUGCCUAAGUGGAGGUGCAGGCUCAUGUGGGUUACAAGGAUUUGCGCCAGAUGGAUCCUCUUCUCUUUUGGCUAUCAGUGGAUAAAGCGGAAGGGAAGACCUGCACCAAGGGAAGUUGCACCGAUAAUUGUAUCUAAUCACGUAUCCUACAUUGAACCUAUCUUCUAUUUCUAUGAAUUAUUUCCAACCAUUGUAGCAUCAGAGUCUCAUGAUGCACUACCUUUUGUUGGCACCAUUAUUAGAGCAAUGCAGGUCAUAUAUGUCGACAGGUUCUCACCAUCAUCAAGAAAACAUGCCGUCAAGGAAAUAAAGAGAAGGGCUUCCUGCAAUAGAUUUCCUCGAGUACUGCUAUUUCCUGAGGGAACCACAACUAAUGGCAGGAGCCUUAUCUCCUUCCAACUUGGUGCAUUCAUCCCCGGUUACCCAAUCCAGCCUGUAAUUGUUCGCUAUCCUCAUGUACACUUUGAUCAAUCUUGGGGUAAUGUUUCUUUGGGAAAGCUUAUGUUCAGGAUGUUCACUCAAUUCCACAACUUCUUCGAGGUAGAAUAUCUUCCUGUCAUUUCACCCCUGCAUGAUAAGGAAACUGCAGUCCACUUUCGUGAGAGGGCUUGCCGUGCUAUUGCAUCUGCGAUGAACGUUGUCCAAACUGGACACACUUAUGGAGACAUAAUGCUUUAUAUGAAAGCACAAGAAGCAAAACAGGAAAACCCCUCAAGUUUUAUGGUUGAAAUGGCGACGCUGGAAUCAUUAUUUCAUAUCAGAAGCUUGGAAGCUGUUGAAUUCCUAGAUAAAUUCUUGGCUAUGAAUCCUGAUCCCAGCGGUCGAGUUCAAUAUCAUAACUUCUUGAAGGUUUUAAGACUUAAGGCAUGCCCUUUAUCUGAAAAGAUGUUUGCAUUCAUUGAUGUGGAGAAGUGCGGCUCAAUAACAUUUAGACAGUUCUUGUACGGAUCUGCUUACGUCAUGAAGCAUCGAGGAUUCCAUCAAGCUUGCGAAGAAGCAUUUGCGGAAUGCAGCAGUGCAGUAAAGGGCUACAUUGUAGAACAAGAAUUGCAAGAUUUCAUGCAACAUGCCAUCCCAAGCUGGAAUGAGAAUGAGGUUCAUGAGCUUUUUAUGUUAUUUGAUGAUGACAAUGAUGGAAGAAUAACCAAGGAUGAUUUUCAUUCAUGCCUCAAGAAAAACCCUCUUCUCAUUGCAUUUCUUACACCUCACCUUCAACACAAGGAGUGUGAUGGCAAUAAUGGAGUUCUAGAAAUAGUAUGAUUGGUGGAUCAAAAAGAAACUCUUGCCAUUAAUAGGGUGUUUGUUCUUUUAGUACACAAAAAAACAUAAGAGAAAAAAAAAAUUAUAGAGUGCACAAGUUUCAUUUUUUUUUCUCUUUCUUUUAUUAUUUUUAACAUGCCCUGAUUAAUUACUCAUAGAACCCUAAUAAUUUGGUCAACAAAUCUGUGUUUUGCUGCCUCAUUUUAACAAGGUGAGUAUUACACAUAAAUUUCAGCUGGUCCUUGGUGUUGUGAUCAAACAAACUGAUCUAACACAACGUUUUGAGUUUGGUUCAGGGAUCAUAGUGGCAUUCAAGGGUCAAUUUUAGAUCAUGUAAGGUUUGAAAUUUGAACCAAUGUGUGAAUCUCUUUUUGUUUGUAACAAAUAUUGUGGGUAUAAUUUUUUUGUCAACAGUGUAUUUUCAAACAUGUGACUGGUUAGUUUCCUGGAAAAAAAAAAGACUAAUGUAAUUUUUUGUUUUUGUUUGUGAUGACAAGAAAACUAAUGCAAUUGAUUCUUUAUGUUUAUUCA